GGGUUGGCGUCACUCUCCUGCGCUGCUUCCCUGGCUCUGCAUGCGCCCAAGUCUCCGCUGAAGGGAGCCCCUUUGCGCCCGCUGGUCAUCAGCAUGGGGCGGCUCAGCCGAGCCCUACUGAGGGAGUAUGGCAGGUUUAUGGAUGACCUUAGGAUCUACGUGAAAGGAGGAACUGGCGGAAUGGGCCAUCCUCGAUUAGGCGGGGAAGGUGGGGAAGGCGGUGAUGUCUGGUUGGUAGCUCAAAAGAAAAUGACAUUGAAGAGACUUAAAGAUCGAUUUCCAAGCAAACGGUUUGUAGCAGGAGCAGGAGCCAACAGUAGUCUUGCUACACUGAAAGGUACUAAGGGAAAAGAUUGUGAAGUGAAUGUCCCUCAAGGAAUAUCUGUCACAAGGGAUGAUGGGAAAGUGAUUGGUGAACUUGACAGAGCAGAAGACAGAUUGUUGGUGGCACGAGGAGGUCUUGGUGGAUGCAUGGCAACAAAUUUCUUGCCCUCCAGAGGUCAAAGGCUCAUGAUUCACCUUGAUCUCAAACUUAUAGCAGAUGUUGGCUUAGUUGGAUUUCCAAAUGCAGGAAAAUCCUCUUUGCUAACCAAGAUUUCUCAUGCUACACCUCAAAUAGCAGAUUAUGCCUUUACAACGAUAAAACCUGAGCUUGGAACAGUCAAGUAUGCUGAUUUUAAACAGAUCACAGUUGCUGAUCUUCCAGGACUGAUUGAAGGUGCACAUGCAAAUAAAGGAAGAGGACACAAGUUUCUAAAGCAUGUGGAAAGAACCAAACAGCUCCUCUUUGUUGUUGAUGUAGCUGGGUUUCAGCUUUCUCCUACAAGCCCAUUCAGAACAGCCUUUGAAACUGUAAUACUACUUGCAAAGGAGCUGGAACUAUAUAAAGAAGAACUUCGAACUAAAUCUGCACUUCUGGCUGUUAAUAAAAUGGAUUUGCCCAAUGCACGAGAAAAAUUGAAUGAGUUUAUGGAACAACUGCAGAGUCCUCAAGAUUAUAUGCACACUCUUCCAAAAAAUAUGAUUCCAGAAGUCAUUGUCAACUUCAAAGAGAUCAUCCCUAUAUCUGCACACUCUGGUGAAGGAAUUGAAGAACUGAUCAUGUGUUUAAGAAAAGUACUAGAUGAAGAAUCAGAGAAGAAGAUUGAAGAUCAUCAGAACCAGCAGCUUCGUGCACUGAGGAGCUCAGAAAUAUAGCAGUUUCUUAACACACACAAACUAUUAUAUAAUAUUAAUAUCAAUAGACCUCUUUCAGGUCAACCAUUUCAAAAAGAAAAGAGAGUAUGUUAUUUUCCAGUUUCUGUAAAAUACAGAAAAGUGUAUCAUGAUAUUUUACAACGUCUUCAAGUUGCACAACCCUCUUAAUUAAGUUGUAGAAUAUAUUUCAAAAGAUGUAAAUAAACAUGUAAUUUUAUAUAAAGAUAA